AACAGAAAUGUUUUGAUGGGUUCUUCAGACAUAGAAGUAAUCACUGAUCAGAAUUCAAACACGAAUCGAAGAAAAAUUCCACACAGGUAACCGACCACUCAUUGUCAUGAAUUACUGUAUAUUCUUUGACCUGCCCAACUCAAUGCAUUCACCUGCUCUAUAAAAGCCAUCUCAGAUGGGAAAAGAUGUACUUGUGGCUUCUUCUUCUUCGCCUUGAAUUGAAUUGUGAGAUUUUGAUUAAGAAAGAUGACGAAUUUUUUGGAGGGUAGGGUUGGGGAGCAAAAGUUCCAAGAUGGUCACUUGUUUCCCAAAGUUCUUGUUCCUGCUCAUAAUUCUCACAAAGAAGACUUUGCUGCAGCUUCCAUGGCAGUAGAAGAGAACAGAGCAUGGAUAGAACAAGAACUGCAUGAGUGUGGAGCUAUUCUCUUCAGAGGUUUUGGUUUAAAGUCAGCAGAAGAUUUCAAUAGCUUUGUGGAAGCUCUUGGAUGGGAAGAGCAGCCCUACAAAGGCCCUGCUCCAAGAAAGAAUAUCGUUGGUAGAGUUUGGUCUGCUAAUGAAGCUCCUCUCCAUCAACACAUCUUCUUCCACCAUGAGAUGGCCCUGACAAAAGAAUUUCCCUCCAAGAUCAUCUUUUACUGCGAGGUUGCGCCACCAGAGGGCGGCGAAACGGCAAUUGUGCAGAGCCACCGAGUGGCCGCCCACAUGGAACACAACUUCCCGGAGGUUGUUCAGCAACUGGAUACAAAUGGAAUAUUUACUCACACUCUCUUGCCGAAGAACGACAAUCUUGGGUAUUUUCUUGGCAAGAGUUGGCAGUCCCAUUUGCAGACGGAUAAUCCCAAAGAAGCUCAAAGAAAGGUGGAAGAUGGAGGUGGGAAACUACAAUGGAUGGAAGAUGGAAGCGCUAACAUCAUUGCAGGGCCAAUUCCUGCUACCAGAAGUUUCCAAGGCUAUGGAGAUCGAAAAGUGUGGUUUAACUAUAUUCCUGCUGCUACUUAUGGAAAGAAUGAGGCAAGCUUGAACAGACUGAUAUGUGGAGAUGGAAGUGACAUUCCAGAGAGAGUAAUGGAGGAGAGUGGGAGAAUAAUGGACGAGGAAAGCGUAGACGUCAAGUGGGAAGCAGGCGAUGUGCUGCUAAUUGACAACUUGGCCGUGAUGCAUGCAAGAAGGCCAUCCAAGGGUCCUCGACGUGUUCUAGUAGCUAUCUGCAAAUAGAAUUCAAAACAACCAAAACUCUCUGCAAUUAUUUCGUGUACACAAACUACCUGUAUGGAUCUAUAAAAGUAGAGGGCACGUACAAUGAUAGGCAGAAUCCCAACUUUUUUUUUUAGGAGUUGUUUUAGGUAGAUGUACAUAGUUGACUUAGGAUACAUGGAUCAGAAAUUUGUCUCUUGUUCUUUUUAAGAUUGGCCCAAUUAUUGGUUCUUGAUUCCUGAUUCAUUGGCUUCUCAGAGUAGUUGAAUUGUGAAGAAUCUGUGUUACGUAUGCAAGAACAAAUUUAGGUAGUGAUAGUGAAGUCUCUGGGCGAAAACAAAGCCCGGUUGGACUCUGAAAUCUAUUUACCUGCAGAUUAAAGCAGUAUUGUUUAUGAAAGUUCUAUAAAAUGUAUACUUUAAUCAGAAUACAAAUCCAUAUCCUCCAUGUUUGGUAUUUGGGUUGUUCUACAUUUCACUGUGAAAAGUUAUCUUUUCAUAAAAGUGGGUUGAGAUCUGAGAUCUUCUCUUUUAGGCAAGGGUCCCACUGCAAUUUGUUUCUGACGUUGUGUAGCAAAAUAAGUAGAUCUGAAGAUCAAUGUAAAUUAGGU